CCAGAACACAGAUAGUUCAGUGCUGUCCCAGGCUGUGCAGCAGGGUGUACAAACCAGCCAGCCCCCUCCUCCAGCAUCCUGGUCCUGGUCCUGUGAGUUUUCAACAAUCCAGUCCUUUGGUGUUUGCUUCCAUCUUAAAGAGGCUCAGAUUGACUUCUGAAGAACAGUUUGGAGGAGGUACCAUGCGGGCCCUGUGCCUGCUUUGCUGGGCUGCUCUCCUGAACCGGGUGCAAGCUUGUCCAGAGCCCUGUGACUGUGGGGAAAAGUAUGGCUUCCAGAUUGCAGACUGUGCCUACCGUGACCUAGAGGGUGUGCCACCGGGCUUCCCGGCCAACGUGACCACACUGAGCCUGUCAGCCAACAGGCUGCCAGGCCUGCCGGAGGGAGCCUUCAGGGAGGUGCCCCUACUGCAGUCCCUGUGGCUGGCACACAAUGAGAUCCGCUCGGUGGCUGUUGGUGCUCUGGCUCCUCUGGGCCAUCUCAAGAGUCUGGACCUCAGUCACAACCUCAUCUCUGAGUUUGCCUGGAGCGACCUGCACAACCUCAGUGCUCUGCAGUUGCUCAAGAUGGACAGCAAUGAGUUGGCCUUCAUCCCCCGAGACGCUUUCCGCAACCUCCAUGCCCUGCGGUCUCUGCAGCUCAAUCACAAUCGCCUGCACGCUUUGGCUGAGGGUACCUUCGCGCCACUCACCGCACUGUCCCACUUGCAGAUCAAUGACAACCCUUUUGACUGUACCUGUGGCAUUGUAUGGUUCAAGACAUGGGCCCUGGCCUCAGCAGUGUCUAUUCCAGAACAGGACAACAUUGCCUGUACUUCACCCCACGUACUAAAGGGCACCCCACUGAGCCGCCUGCCACCCCUGCCCUGCUCAGCACCCUCAGUGCAACUAAGCUACCAGCCCAGCCAGGACGGAGCAGAGCUGCGGCCUGGCUUUGUGCUGGCACUCCACUGUGAUGUAGAUGGACAGCCAGUCCCCCAACUUCACUGGCAUAUUCACACCCCCGGUGGCACUGUGGAGAUCGCCAGCCCUAAUGUAGGCACUGAUGGACGCGUCCUGCCUGGUGCUCUCACAGCCGGUGGGCGUCCACGCUUCCAGGCCUUUGCCAAUGGCAGCCUGCUUAUCCCUGACUUUGGUAAGCUGGAGGAGGGCACCUAUAGCUGCCUGGCCACCAAUGAGCUAGGCAGUGCUGAGAGCUCUGUGAACGUGGCGUUGGCCACUCCAGGUGAGGGGGGAGAGGAUGCGCUGGGGCGCAAGUUCCAUGGCAAAGCAGUGGAGGGCAAGGGCUGCUACACAGUUGACAAUGAGGUACAGCCAUCUGGACCUGAAGACAAUGUGGUUAUCAUCUACCUCAGCCGUGCUGGGCCCCCAGAGGCUGCGAUAGCGGCAGAAGGGGAGCCUGUGCAGCAGCUCUCGGGCAUGCUCCUGCUAGGCCAAAGCCUGCUUGUUCUCUUCCUAGCCUGCUUUUAACCACACCCUGCCCCAGCUGGCUAGAGCAGCCCUAGGACCUUCCUAACUCCCCCUGACCAUGAUCCUGCCAAUGUUCCUUCUAAGUACCACGAGGUCUGGAAUUGCUGAGGCCUGAGGUUGGCCUGCGGACUUCACAUUUUCCUACCUCCCUUUCUAAGCUCUUCCAGGCCACUCUUUACUCCAACUUACAGAUCUGCUCGGAGAUGGCAACAAGUUUAGAACUGUAUCCCAGAACUCAUCGUCUCUGGUGCUAAUUGCUG